UACUUUGAGAUCAGCAGUUGCUUGUUCGCUUCCCGCUUAUUCAUUUCCAAGUCAUUGCUCUAGACGCGUGGUUGGUUACAGCUCACAAGGGCCACCAAUUGUAAAGCUAUUGUUAGUUCGGUUAGUUCAGUGGCGGUAGUGCGAGACAAUAGAGACAAUUUGAUAUCGUAAGCGCAAUAAAAAGAAACGUGCGAUUGUUAGAAUAAUGAGAGUGCCCUUCAUCGCCCUGCUACUCUGUGUAGCAGUAAAUUCAAGUUUUAUUAAUCCCUAUCCUCGUUUUGCGAAGUACAACGAUGGUGGCGAUCCUGGAGAUCCCGCAUUCCUCACGCCAUUAAUUCAAGCUGGAAAAAUCGAUAAAGCUCUGGAGCUAGCCACUGUCGCGGAUAAACCGUUCGAUUGGCUUAAAAGCUAUGCUGGAUAUCUCACAGUAAAUGAGAAGUAUAAUUCAAAUAUGUUCUUCUGGUAUUUCCCUUCGGAGUCAGAUCCACAUCAUGACCCAAUUGUUCUAUGGCUUCAAGGAGGACCUGGGGCUUCAUCCCUAUUCGGACUUUUCACGGAAAACGGACCAUUCUCUGUAACUGAAUCUGGUUUGGAACCAAGAAAAUAUUCCUGGCAUAAAAAUCACAACCUUAUCUACAUUGAUAACCCAGUGGGCACAGGGUUCAGCUUCACAGAUGACGAUGCCGGCUAUGCGAAAAACGAAAAAGAUGUGGGACGAGAUUUGUAUGAAGCAGUAAAACAAUUAUUCCAGUUAUUCCCGGAGUUUCAGACACUGGACUUCUACAUUACUGGAGAGUCAUAUGCCGGCAAAUAUGUUCCUGCCUUGGCUUAUAAAAUCCACAAAACUCAGGAGAAAUAUACGCGCCAUGGCAAGAAAAUUCCCAUCCCAAUCAAGCUAAAAGGGAUUGCAAUUGGUAAUGGUUUAUCCGAUCCUAUUCAUCAGCUCAAGUAUGGCGAUUACCUCUACCAAUUAGGACUCAUAGAUAUCAAUGCUCGCCAAGUAUUCCACGAGUACGAGGCGAAAGGAAUCGAUUGCAUAAAAAAACGCAACAUGAACUGCGCUUUUGAGGUCUUCGAUGAGCUGAUCAACAUGGACGAACUACCUUCUGGCUCCCUAUUCCAUAACUACACAGGAUACGAUACCUACUUCAACUACCUUAAAACCAAAGGCGAUAACUCGAGUGAUAUUAUGGGCAAAUUCCUACAAACUUCGAAAAUACGAAAAGCCAUUCAUGUAGGAAACAUGACCUUCCAUGACCUGGAGGGUGAAAAUAAGGUAGAGGAACACCUUAAGCAAGAUGUUAUGGAUUCCGUUGCUCCGUGGAUUGCUGAACUUCUCGGUCACUAUCGUGUUUGUAUCUAUAAUGGACAGCUUGACAUCAUUGUCGCUUAUCCUUUGACCCUUGGUUACUUACAACGGCUAAAGUUCCCAGGAGCAAAUAUCUAUAAGCACGCACCACGAUAUAUUUGGCGAAUCGAUGGAGAAAUAGCAGGUUAUGCAAAGGAAGCAGGCCAGCUUGUUGAGGUUCUUGUUCGUAAAGCGGGACACAUGGCUCCAGCAGACCAACCAAAAUGGGUAUUUGAUAUGAUAACGAGGUUAACUAAUGGUAAAGGAUUUUCUUAAAUAUCUUGGAUAGGGUGCAUUCCCUUCUUUAAUUUAACUUUUAUAUUUUAUAUCCAAGUAUCGAAAAAAAUAUAAAUAAAUUUUGCUUAAA